AUGUUCCGGCGUGUGAUCACCACGGUCAUGUACGGGGAUGGGUCUUCGCGGUCCACGGCCCAGGACUUCCUGUUCGACAAGUCGCUCGACGCCUGGUUCGAAGAAACCGGGCCCUUCGACUACUACGGGCCAGGGGUGGCCCCCGUCGGGGAGCGCGGCUUCGGCCACGGGAACGGGCGCGGCAACACGCCAGUGGACAACGUCCUGCGCAUGAACGAGUUCCUCCGGGUGGGGCACAGCAUCGCCUCUGUCGACCGCAAGUUCACCGCAGUCUUGGAGAGCGACUGCAACCUGGUGGUCUACCAUUUGAGAGGAGGGGGGAAGAAGGUCAAGAGUCUAUGGAGAUGGGGGGGGGGGGCGUGCUCUUAUGUUUUGCAUGCCUUAGCGGUUAGACCAUUGACCACGCGUCUUCGAGAGGACGGAGCAUUGUUCCCACAGGACCGAUCACCGAUGGUGUGGGAGACCUCGUCGUUCUCUUCGGAGGGCCGGUGCUUCGUGGCUAUCCAGGACAACGGCAUGCUGGUCGUCAUGGCCGGGAACGAUCCGAGCGCACCCGGGAACGUUCUUUGGAGCAACAACCAAGCGCACGUGGGUUGGUUCAGGCAGAACUCCUUCCACGCCGCGGUUCUCCCGAGCGGCAACUUGGUAGUAUCUCAAGGGGAUUCGCCUAUGCACUCGGCCGCUCGGCGCUGCGUCUGGGGGGCGUUCGGGUGUCCGGGUGACGGGGGCGUGAUGGAGUGGAAGCUGGUGUGGAUGUCGUUCAGGACCAAGGCUGGCGACAUCUGGUGCAAGGUGAAGGGAUGCGACGGCGACGGAGCGGGAGAGUACUCUUACUACAGCGACAGCGGAGACAACCCUGGCGGUAACGGGACCCGCGAUUCUUCUUCUUGGAAGCGGCAAUCAGGCGGCGGCGGCGGUGCCGGUGUCGACGGUGGUGCGUUUGACCCUUGGGCCGCCGGCCGUGGCGGUGGAAGGGAAGACGAUGGCGGCGGCGGCGGCGGCGGCGGCGGCGGCGGCAUCAGCCACCUGCUGACGCAACCCGGCGCCGCCAUCAAGAAGGCGGCCGGGCGAGGGGUCGCGUGGUUGACGGAAGCGCUCGCGAAGAUCAAGUCGGCGGCAGAAGACAGCGCUUAUGCGGCCUCGCGCCCUCGCCACUGGUAG